ACAGAACCAAAAAGAAAAACUAAUGAAUCAGCCUUGUAGCUGAGUUGGAAAACCUUUGUCCUUGUUUGGUGAAAACUCCCCAAGCCCAUGUUCUCCUUCCUCUCCCCCCUCCACUCCAUAUAUUAUAUCCAAACUAAACAUCCCCACAACACACUACAACUUCUCCUCAACCCUUAUCUACUCUUUUGCUUGAUUUUUUUUCUUUUUUUUUUUCUCACUGUUCCUACAUAUAGCAAGACUCUUUUAUCAUCUCAUGGUCCAUUUAACAAGGACCAUAUAGAGAGACACUGUUUUGACAAGGAGGAGAAAAAGGGGAAAAAAAAAAGAAAAAGAAAAAGAAAAAGAAAAAAACAAUGAAGUGUGCUGAGGCCAAGGAUUCACCAGAUUACCCAGAAUUUGUUGAGGUUGAUCCCACAGGAAGAUAUGGCAGGUACAAUGAGAUCCUUGGCAAGGGGGCUUCAAAGACUGUUUACAAGGCUUUUGAUGAGUAUGAAGGGAUAGAGGUUGCCUGGAACCAGGUGAAGCUGUAUGACUUCCUGCAGAGCCCUGAGGACCUUGAGAGGCUCUACUGUGAGAUCCACCUCCUCAAAACCCUCAAGCACAAGAACAUCAUGAAGUUCUACACCUCCUGGGUGGACACCUCCAACAGGAACAUCAAUUUUGUCACAGAAAUGUUCACCUCUGGCACUCUCAGACAGUAUAGGCAGAGGCACAGGAGGGUUAACAUCAGGGCUGUGAAGCAUUGGUGUAGGCAGAUCCUGAGUGGGCUUCUCUAUCUCCACAGCCACGAUCCCCCGAUUAUCCACAGGGAUCUCAAGUGCGACAACAUCUUCAUCAAUGGGAAUCAGGGGCAGGUCAAGAUCGGCGAUCUCGGCCUCGCCGCCAUCCUCCGCAAGUCCCACGCAGUCCACUGCGUAGGCACGCCGGAAUUCAUGGCGCCGGAGGUCUACGAGGAGGAGUACAAUGAGUUGGUCGACAUUUACUCCUUUGGGAUGUGUGUUUUAGAAAUGGUCACCUUUGAGUACCCGUACAGUGAGUGCACGCACCCGGCUCAGAUCUACAAGAGAGUUAUCUCCGGAACUAAGCCCGAGGCUCUGUAUAGAGUUAAGGACCCGGAGGUGAGGCGAUUCAUCGAGAAAUGCUUGACCACGGCCUCCCAACGGCUUCCGGCGAAAGAGCUUCUGAAAGACCCGUUUCUCCAAACUGACGAUAACGGCUGGUGCUCUUCGGAGGGAGAAUUUGGCUGCGGGGAUCGUAUUGUGAGGCAACCUAAUGUUAGUUCUGCUCAUAGUAAUGGCUCGUUAAUGAGCCACGGGUUCUGUGAAGAUCCCCACGACGAAGAACCCCAUGACGAAGAAGAAGUUUUGGAGAAUGGUUGGGAGUACAGCGACGCGGAUAUAGAAGCCCACGGGAUAGACCUUUUCCAUGGCCAGGAGGAUGAGCCUCUCACCAAUGUAGAUAUCACAAUUAAAGGAAAGAGAAGAGAAGACGGAGGGAUUUUUCUGAGACUAAGAAUCGCAGACAAAGACGGCCGUGUUCGAAACAUCUACUUCCCCUUCGAUAUUGAAGCGGACACCGCACUGAGCGUGGCAACCGAGAUGGUUCAAGAGUUAGAUAUAACCGACCACGAGGUGACGAGAAUAGCAGAAAUGAUCGACGGAGAGGUAGCUUUAUUGGUACCGGCGUGGAAGCCUGGACCAGGUAUAGAAGAAGCUCCGAACGCAAAGGUUUGCCAUAACUGUGCAUCAAAUGCCUCGUCGUCUGGUUCGUUCCUCGACUACUUGUCAUCGAUGGAGAAUUUGGGGUGCUGCUGCGCGCAACUUGAGUGUGCCGAAAUGCAUGGAAGAUUUGAAGAGAUAACAUACCAAGUCGAGGGGUCGAGCCAAUCCGAUGGCCUUGAUUUUCAUUCGAGAGAAUCAGGAGGAGAGACAUACAACGGUGAGAAGAUUAUACACAUGAAUGGGGAUGAAAAGAGCGAGAUAAGAAAAUCUUUCCGCCAAUUUCGCUCCCAUUCAGUUAAAGUACAAUGCCUUAGAUCACCAAAACCGCAACCCGAUCUCAAAGCAAAGAACCAAACGGAGCAAGGAGAGUACAGAGCUCAACACUUGGGAGAAUCAAGUAAACAUUUGCAUCAUCACUCGGAAAAGAGUGUGGAUAACGGAUUUAAUGAUUCCAUGGUAAAACCAUUGCAAGCACUCAACGGUAAGAUCGAGUCGUUCCAUUUGGGCACUCAUCACUCUUUCCGCAUUCCCCGAUGCAAAGCAAAUCAAGAUUUGACUAAUGGCUAUCACGAUUUGGGAGCCGAAAUGGCUCAACAAUGUGAGUUGAAUAUAGAGAGUGGUAGUCCUGAGUUCAUGUUCACUGUGGAGAGCUUCUAUGCUAGUUCACUUGUGCCAAAUUCUCUGGAAAGAACAAAGUCUCUCACCGUUGAUGCGGUGGAUGUUUAGUUUAGUUCGUAUGCCUCUUUGGCGUUUUCCAGUUAUCUAGCGACGCCCGGCGUGAAUUGUACAUUAUUUUCAUCUUUGUAAUUUUGGCCCCUACCUGAGUGUAAAAGGGAUUUGGGAAGUCGAUUAGGAUAAAAGAAAAGGGAAUGAUAGUUGCGUAUUUUCGUUCAUAAAGCUUUUGUAACUUUGUAAUUGCUUCCUUUUGAACCGAAGAGGGAUGUAAUUUACCUGAGAAGUGAAAAUUCAGUUCAUUCUGUCAUGAAA